CUCAGACUCCGGUCGCCGCUGACUGACACAAUACACACUUGAGAAGCCCGAGAGAGUGUUGCUUGGUCCUAAGAGUUGCUCCAUCCAAACUUCUAAAACAUUCGGACAAUUCUCGAUCCUGCCUUCCUGUCCACAUCACAAUAACUAAUCACCCUCAUCAAGGCAGCUGCUCCUCACUCUUGCUCCUUCCUUCCUUUACAUCUACUUUCCACUUUCUCUCAACCACAGCUAAGCAAUUCUGCAAUUCUGCUGUUGCUCACACAUUCUUUGAGCUCACCAUCGUCCGACUCACACGACUCAACAACGACUAGUUACAAGUGGCAUUGAGUUGCUCACUUGACAUACCUCUCCUCAGUCGUCCUGUCACCCUAACUUCUCCCGAUACUACCUCCAUACUCGAGCACCGCCAUCAUGUACUCAGGCGGCGCCACGGGAACCCACACACCCCGAUCCUCUCAGAACCUCAGACCUCUUAUCCUCACUCAUGGCAGUCUCGAAUACUCAUUCCUGAUUCCUACCGCCCUCCACUUUGCUGCAUCUCAACUGAAAGAGGCCUUCAAGGCUUCUCUUCCAGAACCAACCGAUGAGUUGGCUCAGGAUGACGAACCUUCCUCAAACGCCGAGCUGGUCGCCCGUUACAUUGGCUUCAUUGCCGCUGAAGUCGAUGAUGACGAGGAGGCUGCUGGUUUUGUCGAAGUUUUGAAAGUCGUCUUGAACGAGUUUGAGAGAUCGUUUAUGCAUGCCAACGAUGUACAUGCCUUGGCUGCCACCCUCCCCGGCAUUACCGCAAAGAAACUUGUAGUGGUGCAAUGCUACUAUACUGGCCGAGCUGCCGUCGCCAGACCCAUCAAACCUCAUGAUUCAGCUCUCCUCCGAGCGGCCGAUGAUGAGGACGCAAGCAUCUACACUGUCUUUGGUGGCCAGGGAAAUAUUGAAGAGUACUUUGAUGAGCUGCGCGAAGUCUAUACCACAUACCCGUCUUUCACCAAGGACUUGAUCGAGAACUCCGCCGAGCUACUGCAGACCCUGGCUAGAAACCCAAAGGCAGACAAGUUUUACUCAAAAGGUCUAGACAUCAUGACCUGGCUCGCAGAUCGAGAGACCCAGCCAGACACUGAUUACCUCGUCUCAGCCCCCGUCAGUCUCCCCUUGAUUGGUCUCGUUCAGCUCGCCCAUUACCAAGUUACCUGCAAGGUCCUUGGAAAGUCUCCCGGAGAAGUGAGCGAGCGCCUGAAUGGUACCACCGGUCAUUCACAAGGUGUUGUGACCGCCGCAGCCAUUGCAACUGCAACUUCCUGGGAGAGCUUUGCCAAAGCCGCCAGAGAAGCGAUCACCAUGCUCUUCUGGAUCGGUAUGAGAAGUCAACAAGCCUUCCCACGCACCAGUCUUGCACCCUCGAUCCUGCAAGACUCGCUUGAGGCCGGCGAGGGAAUUCCCACUCCUAUGUUGUCUGUUCGUGACCUCUCCAAGUCACAGCUCCAAGAACAUAUCGACGCUACAAACGAACAUCUGCCCACUGACCGACAUAUCGCCAUCUCGUUGAUCAACAGCGCCCGCAACUUUGUGGUCACUGGCCCUCCCAUUUCUCUCCACGGUCUCAACUUGCGCCUGCGCAAGGUCAAGGCCCCUACUGGGCUUGACCAGAACAGAAUUCCAUACACUGAGCGCAAAGUUCGCUUUGUCAAUCGCUUCCUUCCAAUCACCGCACCAUUCCAUAGUCCUCUGUUGUCGGAAGCUUUCAAGAACAUCCAGGAAGAUUUGGCCGAUAUUAAAAUUCCGGCUUCGCGCUUGACUAUUCCAGUCUUUGACACCAAUUCUGGCGAUGACCUUCGCGCGUCUCAAGACAAGGACAUCGUUCCUGCCCUGGUUCGCAUGAUCACGCAGGACCCCGUCCACUGGGAACAAGCUACCGUCUUCGAGGGUGCAACCCACAUCCUGGAUUUUGGUCCCGGUGGCAUUUCUGGCCUUGGUGUUCUCACCAACCGAAACAAGGAUGGUACUGGUGUCCGCGUUAUCCUGGCUGGUGCCAUGGAUGGCACCAACGCCGAAGUUGGCUACAAACCUGAAAUUUUUGACCGUGAUGAGGAACAAGCUGUCAAGUACGCGACCAAUUGGGUUACAGAACAUGGCCCGAGACUUGUCAAGACCUCUGUUGGACAAACUUUUGUCGACACCAAAAUGUCCCGCUUGCUUGGUGUCCCACCUCUCAUGGUUGCCGGCAUGACCCCUUGCACUGUGCCUUGGGAUUUCGUUGCUGCAACCAUGAAUGCUGGCUAUCAUAUUGAACUGGCUGGCGGCGGCUACUACAAUGCAAAGGGCAUGACUGAAGCUUUGACCAAGAUCGAGAAAGCCAUCCCACCCGGCCGUGGCAUCACUGUCAAUCUGAUCUAUGUCAACCCCCGAGCCAUGGGCUGGCAGAUUCCUCUGUUGGCCCAAUUGCGAGCUGAUGGCGUUCCAAUUGAAGGUCUGACCAUUGGUGCCGGUGUUCCCUCGAUCGAGGUCGCUCAGGAGUACAUCGACACCCUUGGCAUCAAGCACAUCGCCUUCAAACCUGGCUCCAUGGAUGCCAUUCAGGCGGUCAUCAAUAUUGCCAAAGCCAAUCCCACCUUCCCUGUCAUUCUUCAAUGGACUGGAGGUCGUGGAGGUGGUCACCACUCCUUUGAAGAUUUCCAUCAACCCGUCCUGCAGAUGUACGGCCGCAUCCGAAAAUGUCAGAACAUUAUCCUGGUGGCCGGCAGUGGCUUUGGCGGUUCCGAGGAUACUUAUCCCUAUCUGACUGGUACAUGGGCACGCAAAUUUGGCUACCCCUCUAUGCCUUUCGAUGGUGUUCUCUUCGGCAGUCGCAUGAUGACCGCCAAGGAAGCACAUACAUCGACAAAUGCAAAGAAGGCCAUCGCGGAAGCCGAGGGCGCUGACGAUAGUCAGUGGGAGAAGACUUAUAAAGGUGCCAUUGGAGGUGUCAUCACUGUUCGCUCCGAGAUGGGUGAACCAAUCCACAAGCUUGCCACUCGAGGCGUCAAGUUCUGGGCUGAGAUGGACCAAAAGAUUUUUAGUCUCGACAAGAAGAAGCGAGUGGCUGAGCUUAAGAAGCAACGAGAGUACAUCAUCAAGAAAUUGAACGAUGACUUCCAGAAGGUCUGGUUCGGGAAGAACUCGGCCGGCGCCACUGUCGAUCUCGAAGACAUGACUUAUGCAGAGGUCGUUCGUCGGAUGGUUGAGCUCAUGUACGUCAAGCAUCAGUCUCGCUGGAUCGAGGUCUCUCUCCGCAACCUCACAGUUGACUUUAUCCGCCGUGUCGAAGAACGCUUCACCACUGGUUCUGGCAAGCCAUCGCUCAUCCAGAGUUAUGCGGAACUUGACAACCCAACCGAGGUGGUCGAGAAGAUCCUGGCAGCAUACCCACGCGCAGAGAGCCAGCUCAUCAACGCACAAGAUGUCCAGCAUUUCCUGCUUCUCUGCCAACGACGUGGUCAGAAGCCUGUGCCAUUCGUUCCUUCAUUGGACGAGAACUUUGAGUUCUGGUUCAAGAAAGACUCGCUCUGGCAAUCCGAGGAUCUCGAUGCAGUCGUUGACCAGGAUGUUGGCCGUACUUGCAUUCUUCAAGGGCCAAUGGCUGCCAAGUACUCAACCAAGAUCGAUGAGCCUGUCAAAGAUAUUUUGGACGGCAUCACGAAUGAUCAUAUCAAAGGUCUUACCAAGGACGUCUAUGGUGGCAAGGAUACCAGUAUCCCCAUCGUCGAAUACUUCGGUGGGAAGAUCAUUCAAUCCCCAGAGAGCGUGACCGAGCUCGAUGGCGUCACCGUCAUUCCAGAUGGCACUCGCAUUACCUACAGACUGUCAUCCCAGGCUUCGGCACCUCUUCCAGACCCAACGGAGUGGGCUCAACUAUUGGCAGGCAAGACCUAUUCAUGGAGACAUGCUUUGUUCACCACCGAUGUCUAUGUUCAAGGUGCUCGCUACCAGAACAAUCCAUUGAAGCGCAUCCUGGCUCCAACCAGGGGUCUCGUGGUCGAGAUUGCCCACCCCAAGGACCCAUCCAAAACCAGCAUUGUCGUUAGGGAACCUACCCAGUCUGGCAAACUCGUCAAGACGCUGGAUAUCACCCUGACUGGAAAGAACGAAAUCCUCAUGAACCUGUGGGAAGAGCGCACGGCGGAAGGUGAAGCAGUGGCUCUGCCCUUCAAAUUCGUCUAUCAUCCCGAGACCGGCUAUGCUCCCAUCCAUGAGGUGAUGGAAGGUCGCAAUGACAGGAUCAAAGAGUUCUACUACCGUAUCUGGUUCGGUGAAAAGGACGUUCCUUUCGAUACGCCUACCACAAACAAGUUUGAUGGAGGCAAGGCAACCAUUGUCACCCAAGACAUUGCCGACUUUGUGCAUGCCGUCGGCAACACGGGAGAGGCCUUUGUCGACCGUCCAGGCAAGGAAGUCUUCGCUCCCAUGGACUUUGCCAUUGUCGUCGGGUGGAAAGCUAUCACCAAGCCAAUCUUCCCCCGUGCUAUCGACGGUGAUUUGCUUAAGCUGGUUCACCUUUCCAAUGGCUAUCGUAUGCUUCCUGGGGCUGAGCCAUUGAGAGUUGGCGACGAGCUGCACACCUCUGCCCGCAUCAAUGCCGUCAUCAACCAAGAGUCCGGCAAGAUGGUUGAGGUCUGCGGCACAAUCACACGUGACGGGCAACCAGUGAUGGAAGUCACCACUCAGUUCUUGUACAGAGGUACCUACACUGAUUUUGAAAACACCUUCCAGCGCAAGGAAGAGACACCAGUGCAGAUCACUUUGUCUUCGUCCAAGGACGUGGCUGUGCUCAGAUCGAAGGAAUGGUUCCAUCUCGACGAACCUGAUAUCGAUCUCCUAGGACAGACCUUAACCUUCCGAUUGUCCAGCCUUGUUCGAUUCAAGAACACGACAGUCUUCCAGAGCGUUGAGACUAUUGGACAAGUCCUUCUGGAACUGCCCACGAAGGAAGUCAUUCAAGUUGCUUCGGUCGAAUAUGAUGCGGGUGUCUCUCACGGCAACCCAGUGGUUGAUUAUCUUCAGCGCCAUGGACAAUCAAUUGAGCAACCGGUCAACUUUGAAAACGCCAUCCCUCUCAGUGGAAAGACCCCACUGUCUCUCAAGGCACCAGCCUCAAAUGAGACAUAUGCACGUGUCUCUGGCGACUACAACCCCAUCCACGUGUCACGCAUCUUUGCCAGCUAUGCAAAUCUCCCAGGCACAAUCACCCACGGUAUGUACACCAGUGCAGCCGUGCGAAGCUUGGUCGAGACUUGGGCUGCUGAGAACAACAUUGGCCGCGUCCGAAGCUAUCACGUCUCUUUGGUUGGCAUGGUCCUCCCGAAUGAUGACCUGGAAGUUAAACUGGAACAUGUCGGAAUGGUUGCUGGACGAAAGAUCAUCAAGAUCGAAACCAGCAACAAAGACACAGGUGACAAGGUUCUCUUGGCUGAAGCUGAGGUUGAACAGCCCGUCUCAUCCUAUGUCUUCACUGGUCAAGGCUCGCAAGAGCAAGGCAUGGGUAUGGAUCUCUAUGGCCGCAGUGCUGUCGCCAAAGAGGUAUGGGACCGUGCCGACCGUCAUUUCAUGGACAACUAUGGUCUUUCGAUCAUCAACAUUGUCAAGAACAAUCCUAAGGAACUUACUAUCCAUUUCGGUGGCCCUCGCGGUAAAGCCAUUCGCCAAAACUACAUGGCCAUGACUUUUGAAUCCAUCAACGCCGACGGAUCAGUCAAGUCUGAGAAGAUCUUUAAGGAAAUCAACGAAAACACCACAUCCUACACCUAUCGCUCUCCCACUGGAUUGCUUUCUGCAACCCAAUUCACGCAGCCUGCUCUGACGCUGAUGGAGAAGGCCAGCUUCGAGGAUAUGCGUUCCAAAGGCCUCAUUCAGCGUGACAGCAGCUUUGCAGGUCACUCUCUGGGCGAGUACUCGGCACUUGCUUCAAUCGCAGAAGUUAUGCCCAUUGAAAGCUUGGUCUCGGUUGUCUUCUACCGUGGCUUGACCAUGCAAGUUGCCGUGGAGCGUGAUGAGCAAGGGCGCAGCAACUACUCCAUGUGUGCUGUCAACCCCAGUCGUAUCUCGAAAACAUUCAACGAGAACGCCUUGCAGUAUGUGGUGGAGAACAUCGCCGAGAGCACUGGAUGGCUUGUGGAAAUUGUCAACUACAAUGUUGCGAACAUGCAGUACGUUUGUGCUGGCGAUCUCCGAGCAUUGGAUUGCUUGACCAACGUCCUGAAUGCGCUCAAAUUACAAAAGAUUGACAUUCAAGCUUUGAUGCAAACCAUGUCACUGGACGAUGUCAAGGCACAUCUAAACCAGGUCAUCAGCGAGUGCCGCAAGAAGACCGAGGCCAAACCACAGCCCAUUGAACUGGAGCGAGGUUUCGCAGUGAUCCCUCUCAAGGGCAUUGAUGUCCCCUUCCACAGCACAUUCUUGCGAUCUGGCGUCAAGCCUUUCAGAUCUUUCUUGCUGAAGAAGAUCAACAAGACCAGCAUUGACCCUGCCAAACUGGUUGGAAAAUACAUUCCCAAUGUCACCGCUAAGCCAUUUGAGAUUUCCAAGGAGUACUUUGAGGAAGUCUAUCGGUUGACCAACUCUCCUCGCCUUGCAAAGAUCAUUGAAGAUUGGGACAAGUACGAGAAUGCCGGUGAUCCAGGUGUCCGACGCCUUUCCACGGUGGUAUAAGACGGUGGUUAUUGUUUCGAGCGAUUCAGCGACAACGAUAGAAUGCGGUCUGAAGAUUGAAAAAUAAUCUGGAGCUGCGGCGUUGUUUCAGUAGCGUGAUUAUGGAGUACCUCAUACUAUUACUAUUAGAGGUGCAUUCAUUGGACUAUACUUUCUUUUUCUUGUACAGAUAGUGCCAAGUGUGUAGAGAUUCAUAGUAUUCGAGAUAGUGAAGCGGCAAUUCAUUACCUUGACCAAUA